AUGUUUAUUACAGAAAUCAGAGAUGUAUAUCAAUAUAUGCAUUCUCAAUAUUUUGUACUUAACAAAGAAACCAUUCUGAGUAUCAAAACAUUAUAGGAUAAGUAUUUUGAUCAAGUAUUUAAAAUAAUCAUUUUAGAAAUUACUUGAAUUAUUGUUAUAAAGCGAAGAGAUUGUUCGCAAAGAUGUAUUAGAACAGUUCUAAAAUACUUUGUAAUAAUUGUAAGAAUGUUAAUUAGGGUAAUUAUAUUUUUCUAUUCAUUUACAAGUGGUAAUACAUUCAUUAGAAAUGUUCGCACUAUGGUAAAACUUGUUACACAUUCAAUAGCUAUGCAAAUUUAAUCAAAUGUUGAUAGUUAUGGCUCAAUCAAUCAGAUUUUAAACGUUUCUGAAAUUAAUGGGUAACAAAUUGCAUCUUAAUCAUUAAUUGAAUUAUGUAACAAAUAUGUUGCUUAAUUCAUUAACUUAAGAAUUUAAGAUCAAAAUAAUAAUAUACAAAAUAACAAUAGCAUCAUUAUUGAAAAUAUUGCCAAAUCUGUUCAUUAUAAAUUAUUAGAUCCUACAUUAUGUUAAAUAUUUGUUGAUAACAUUGAGAAAAUUAAAUAAAAAGAUGAGGAAACUUUUAAUAAUUCUUCAAAUUCUGAAUUAAUUUAUUCUUAAAUAAAAUCCACAUAUAGUUUGAUAAUGAUCAUCAAUUCAAUUACAAUUAAUAAUCAAAUUAAAUUAGAAUAACUGCAUCAAUAUGCUUUCCUCUAUUUUUAGAAAUCUUUAAAGUAUUUUGAAAUUAGUACCUCUCCCAUCUUUCUAUAAUUUAUCAUUAAAUUAUUAAAAUAGCAACGAGAUGAAUUUGGAGGAUGGUAAUUGGAUCUCAUUUAAAAAAAUAAAGUUUAAUCUUUUAUUAAAGAGAUGUUUGAAGUUGUGGCUAAUACUCUUCAUAAAGCCAGUAUUACAUAAAUCUAUGAAUUCUGUUAAGGAUUAAAAUACUUUAAAUAUUUAGGUUUUGAUGUUUUAAAUUCAAUUAAUUUCUAUUUUAUAAUGCAUGAAUUACAUUAUCAUUUUGGUAGUUUCUUGUCUAAAGUACUUAUCUAAAAAUAGCAAUUAUAAUAGAUCAUUGAUCACUAAUUACUUUAAGAACUAUUUCUAAUAGAAUAGAAAUUGAAUUAUAUAUUGAAAUCUAUUUAGUAAGUAUUUGUUUAAUCUUUCUACCAUGAUGAAAAUUAAAAUAAAGUUUUGAACGAAAGAAAAAUUCAUUAAAUUGUAUUAUUGUGGAAUUCCUUUUUUGAAAAUAGAGGUGAUUUUGUAUAAUAAGAUUAUUUCAAAUAAAUGUCAUAGAUAAUAAAGAUUAAUUAUAUAAGUAAUGUAAAGGAAGAACAAUUAUUGAGAAGAAUCUCAUUUUUAAAAUUAGCAAAUACUUUCCUCUUAAGAGACAAAUAACAGGAAAUAUCAUUCAGUAGCAAUGUAAUUAUUGAUUUGGUUCAACCUAAGCUUAAUCUCUAUUAAAUUAUUUAACAAGUUCUGUUGCAGUAGAAUAAAUAAGAUAAACCAAAUAUAAUGGUUAUGUAAUAUAUGAUAAAGAGAUUAUAUUAAUUCUAUUUGAAUCUAUUGGCAAAUUUGAAAGAAAAGUAAUUCAGAGAGAAAGCUUUAAAAGAACUAUCAAAAUCUAUUCAAUUGUUUUUUGACGGAGACGAUCUCUUUUCUUAAUCAAAGAUUUAAUAGAAUGUUCUUGAUUAUAUUGCUGACAAGAUCUAUACAAACUAUUUCUUAUGUGAUACUUAAGAGUAGGUAUAGUUUUUUAUUGAGAUAAUGUCAGUAGUGAAUUAAUAAUUAUUAAAAAUAGAAGAGGAAUUUUUGACUUAAGUAGAGUAAUGUAAAGGUACUUAGGAAGGGAUGCGUUCAUAAUCUCUUUUUAGAUAAUUGGUGUAAAAGGCUUAGGGCUAAAAUUAUCAAAAUUUAUCAAUAGGAUCUAUUUUAGAGAAAAAAGUCAUAGAUUAUAAAAGAGUAUUUUAAAUCAUUCCCUUAUUAUCUAAAUGUUGUUAGAUAUUUAAUGAUUCAUAAUAAGUAAUUGCCUAGAGAUUGAAAGCUUAAUAAUUAAUAUCUGAAUUUUGGAUUUACAUAACAUUAAAUAAUCCAUCAUUUUUCUUAUCAAAGAAGGAUGGGAAAAAAGAAUUACUCACAAAUGAAGAGGGUAAACUAUUAAACGAAUAACUUCAACCAUUAAGAGAAUUAUAUAAAACUGUAUGGCUACCAUUAAAUUUGAUUGCAUUUUAAACUCCAAAUCUAUUAGCAGGAUCAAAGACAUCUUUAUUGGAUUUAAAGAUCGUAAUGAAAUUAGUUGAAAAUAAAGAUACUUUUACUUAUAAUUUCUUUUAUUUUAACAGUUUGGCAAGAUAGAUGAAAAUCUUAUUCAGAAUAAAGAAAAAAGAGUUGAAAGAUAAACACCUAGAACCAUAAGAUUUAGUAUAUGUAGUAACAUUGAAUGAUAUAUUGUAAAGAUGUUAGGCAAAUAUCAUAUAAGACAUCAAAUAAUUAUAGAAAUAGCAGUAUUCUUAUAUAAUAAAAUUAUUUAACUUUUUGAAGUAAACAACUGAUGAAGAAGAGCUUCUAUAAAAUAAAGAAAUAAAUGGUAUAAAAUUAACACAUUAAUAAUUAAGAAAUUAAUUAAACAAAUAAGUUAAAUUCUAAUCUUUGUUAAAGGAAUCAAUUACAAGAGCAGCUGUUUAAUACAAUCAAUUUCUAUUAAACAGUAAAGGAACAUUAACGAAGGAAGUAAUAUGCAAAGAUUUUGUAUACCUUUUAUAAUAAUCAUGUUCAAUAGAAAAGAUAGUAUCUGAGUAUGCAAGUGAUAUGGUGAUUGAUUUUAUUAGGAAUUUUCCAUUUGUAUGUUUUUCUCCAGAAGUAAUUAAAGUGUGUUCAUAUUUAUUGACAGUGAUAUCAUAGAAGAUUGGUAGAGAAUAUGAUUCUAAAUCUAAACAAGUAUUUAAUGAUUAGAAGGUUAUGUUGAAUACAGAUUAAAAAAUAUUAACUCAGAAUAUCGUAUUCUUGAUGAAUUGUUUGUUGAAAUUGAUAUUUAGAGGAUUAUAUAUUGACCAUAAUUUUGUUAAGGUUUUUUGUUUGCAUUUAAUCAGAUAAGAGACUUCAUUAUUAUCAGAAUUACCUUUCGGAUAUAAGUUUUUAAAAUUCUUAGUAAAUAGUUUUAAAGUUGAUAAAGAAGCAAUUGAAACAUUCAAAGAUUAAGCAGAUCGUUAUAAUCCUUAUUUUUGGUUAGUAAAAGAGGUUGAAUUCGAUACAAGAAUAAGUUCUUCAGAUAUGUCAAUGUUUUUAUCAGAUAAGGGAUUGUUAAGAUUAUAAAAAAUUAAUAUUGAAUAAAGGAUACCUUAUGCAAGUGCAUAAGAAAUCCUAAAAUUAAUUAAUUAUUCAAUUAAAAAUGAAAUAGAAUUUGACUUUCAUGCUGAAGAUUUACUUUAAAUAAAUUAUGUUUAAGUUUUGAAAGACAUACAAAAAUGUUGUUAAGAAUUGAAUAUUUUACAUUUCAUUCAUAACAAUAAAUCUUCAGUUGCUUAAAAGUUGAAGGAAAGAAUGUAGUAGUUAAGAAUUAAUGUAAGGGAUAGUAAUUAUAAGAAAGCAAAAUUAGAAAUAGUUAGAGAAAUGUUAUAACAUGUUACUUAAUUAAAGAGUGUAAUAAUUCAUUCUGGGGCUUAGAUUAAGACUUAAAUCUUGACGAAACUUUUGGAUAUUUGUAAAUUCUACUUAUAACCUUAAUUAUUAAAAUAUAUCUUGAUGAGAUUGAUACCAUUUCUGCAUUCUAUCUCUUAAAACUACUUUGAUUCUACAUUCUUUUUCUUAUUAGGAGAAAUGCUCCAUUAUAUCAUUUAUUAAAUCAAUAAUUUAGGUAAUUUGAAGUAUGACAAGAAAAUAAGUUCUUAAGAUAUAUUUUAAAUUAAAAUAAAUUAUUUUAAUUAGCUUUAGGAUUUGGAGGCUGAAGAAUUUAGUGAUUACUAUUUGAAUAAAUUGGAAGAACCAUAUAUAAACUUUAUAAAUUUAUCUUAGAUUGGAUAUUAUGAGAUUAGAUGGUAAUGCUUAUGCAAAUUGCAUUUGAUUCUAAUAAGGUUUUUAAAUGAUAAUAUGUAAAUUCAUUUGGUAAAGAAUGUGAAACUUUCAAUAAUUGCAAAUAUAUUGAAACACAAUUUUAUGACAGAUCGUAAAUUGGUAGAAUUUAUUCCUUUAGAGAAUGUAUGUUAAGUGUUAAAGGGAUCUAUAGAAAUAAUUUAAUUAAUGAAAGAGUUUAAAGAGAAAUUUAAGGACACUUAAGACUAUGAGGUGAAGAUUGGAUAGAAUAAUUAAUUACACUCUAUGAUAAUGUAAUAAAAUCUGGCAGUAAAAUUUAAUAUUGAAUCAUUUUAUUAUAAAACUUUAAAAUUUGGAUUAAGUCACUUUGCUAAGAAUAUAAAUUUAUAUAAUGAACCAUUGUUUAUUUAAUGUUAGAAUCAAUCGAGAUUGAUCAAAAGAUAUUAAUUAUAUUGUAUAGUGUGUAAGUAUUUGGCAAAGGAUAAAUUAAAUGAAUUGAAUGAGGAUUCAAAAAUACCAAAGAUGAAAAGAGUAAAGAAGAGAUUUAAUGCUGUUAUUUUUAAGAGUCAUCGAUAAUUUAAAAUGACAACAAAUCCAAAGGAAGGUCAAACAAGAGCAUCAAUAUUAAUGCAAGGGAAUACAUCAUAAAUUUAUAGGAAAUUGUAGGCAGAAAUUGCUUAUAAUGGAUAAUAGACAUAUGCAAUAUCUCUAUAAAAUUUACAAGAACAAAAACCAUUAGAAGUACGUCCGUAUUAUUUAAGGAAAGCAUUAUAUUUUUUAAUUUGUGAUGAGAUAGAUAAGAUAAAAGCAUUUGCUUCACGUCUAUAGGAAGAAUUGUAAACGGAUUAUAGUUUGUUGACAUAAAAUAAGUUGAGUGAUAAUUUCAUUCAAUAAAUACUAAAUGAGAUUCCAGAUAAGAAUUUAAAUUUAGCAUAUUACAUAUUAAUUAAACUAUAUCCUAUAAUGUAGACAGAAUUAUAAUUAAAUGAUGUAUUGUAUAAGUUUUUGGGACAUAAGAUCUCUUAAAACUUUUAGAAUUAUUAUGAUUGUUCACAUUUCUUUGAUAUUAUAGUUACUCACAAUUUAUAAUAAAUUGAGAAUUUUACUACAUAACUCUUAUAUUGGAAACCACCACAUAUCUAAUUAUUAUUAAAAUACAUCACAGAUUAAUUUGAGAAUUAUCCAGAUGUUUAAUUGUGUUUUUCUAAGAUUAUGAAGAGAUUACAUAGUGAACAGAUAAUAUUUUAUUUAUCUUAAAUAUUAUAAUCUUUAGCUAGUAGAUCUGGAUAGUUAAUUAAGACAUUUCUAAUUGAAUAUGCUUAAUAAUCAGUAUUGUUUGCACAUUAGUUGUUAUGGUUAGCAAGAGUAGAAAGUAAGAUUGAUGUUGAUCAUAAGAGACCUGCAUCUCCAAAAAAUAAGAAUUAACAUUAAAAUAUAUUAAGAUCAGCAGAAUAUCAAUAAUUUGUGAAAGAUUAAUUAAAUUAGGGUAAAAUAUAAAGAAAAUAAUAUUAAAUUAGUUAGGUAGCUCCAUUCAUAAUAUCUAAAAUAAUAAGGAAUAUGGAUUCAGAAUAAACUUCUUUUUUUAAAAAAGUAGAUACUUUUUAUGAAAGUGUUACAGCUAUUUCUGGUUAACUUAGACCUUAAAUGACUAAACCUGAAAAAAGAGAAAUAAUAGCUAAAAAAUUAAGAGAAAUAGUAUUAACAUAAGAUAUAUAUAUGCCUACAAAUCCUAGAUAUUAGAUUACUUCAAUAAAAUUAGAUUCAGGCACACCCAUGUAAAGUGCAGCUAAAUGUCCCAUUCUUGUAAGUUUCCUUUGUAGAAAAUAUGAGGGGCCUGAUAAAUAUUUUGAAAGAAAACUAAAAGAAAAAAGAGAGUUUGGUAAAGCAUUAGAAUUUGAAUUUACUAAAUAAUAAAAAGAAGAAGAUAUUUAAAAAAUGUUAAUCAUUUUUGAAUCAGACCCUUUACCUGAUGAUGAAGAAAAAGGAUAACUAUUUAUUAAUGAAUUAGUAAGACCAUUAAAAAGCAAUGGUUAAAAUUAAAUCAUGAGUUAAAGUAUGUAAUCAAACUAUAAGGAUUCUCGUAUUCAUAAAUAAUCAGUUUCUUUUGAAAAACACUCUUAAAAAUAACCAACACCACGUCCUAGUCUAAAAAAAUAAACUACUAACUAUAAUAAUAAUGAAUAAUAAUAAGAAACUAAAUCUUGUAUUUUCAAAGUAUUUGAUGAUAUAAGAUAAGAUAAUCUUGCAUUAUAAAUAAUAAGUAUGUUUAAAGGAGUCUUUGAAAGGUGUGGAUUAGAUUUACAUGUUUUUCCAUAUAAAACUAUCUCUAAUCGAACAGGUAAAAGUCUUAAUGUAGGUGGAAUCAUUGAAGUUGUACCCAAUACUAUUUCAAGAGAUUAACUUGGUAAAACUAAUCGAUGUACUUUAUAUGAGUAUUUCAUUAACAAAUUUGGAGCAGAGGAUUCCCUAUAAUUCUAAAUAGCAAGAGAAAACUUUAUUAAAAGUUAAGCUGCUUAUAGUAUUAUCAGUUAUAUUCUUUAAAUCAAAGAUAGACAUAAUGGUAAUAUCUUGAUUAGCGAUAAGGGACAUUUGAUACAUAUUGAUUUUGGAUUCAUUUUUGAUAUCAGUCCUGGUGGAAAUCUUAAGUUUGAAUCUGCAAAUUUCAAAUUAACCAAAGAGAUGAGUUAAAUUAUGGGAGGAGAAGUAUCUCAUUAUAAUAUUAUUUUAAGGCAUUUAAUUAUUAUGUUGAUUUAACAGUAAGAGCAUUUUUAUCAAUACGACAUUAUUAUGAACAUUUCUAUUAUUUAGUAACUCUGAUGACUAAUUCUGGAUUAGGAUGUUUUAUGAAGGAUUCUAUGAAGAAUUUUACUGAAAGAUUUUAAGUAAUUCUAAUUUUUAAAUUUAAAAGUUGAAAAAAAAUGAUUUGGCUGCUGCUAAGUAUAUGUAGAGUAUAAUAGAAGAUGCUAAUGAUAAAAUAACAACAAGAUGGUAUGAUAAUAUUUAAUACUAUUAAAAUGGAAUAUCGAGAUGA